AUGACGCCCAGUCCCCCCGAUGAAGCGCUUCACUUUCGCGGAAAGACUCUGACUCCGGAAAGCCCUCGACCUCUACAUAUUCCAGAGCCAUCCAAUAUCCCAGUCUUAGAGAACCAAAUGGACCCCAUCUUCAACGAUACCUCCACCUAUGAACGCUCGGUGUAUAAUCAGGUCCCACAGACAAAAGAUGGAUGGUUGCACGGAGAGUUAAAGGAUAUCCAGGGGGGACCGAGUCAGACCCAAGAUGCUGGUAGUUUUCAUGGCUUACAGCCGAGUCGUGGGAUGCAGAAUGAAAUGAUUGCUUCUGCAUACUACCCUCCCAACCCAGCGUCGGGGUCCGAAAAUUCCGGCCAUCUCAGCUCAAGUUUUUCCCACCCCGAUUCCACUUAUUCCCACGCUGCUCCGGUUGCUCCGGCAUCCCAAGGCUUUGCCACUGGGAGUGAAGUAGAUCAUGCCCACAAUCCGGAGCAGUCAAGGAUGCAGGACAGCUUAACUGCUGAUGAGAGUGUGGGGCAUAGCACGGGAGGUGUCAAUUUCCAGAACCUCCUCGACAAUCUUUCUCAUCCCAACCCUGGUGCAACAACUACCGUUUCUUCAGCUGAGAACUCGUCUCUCCACCAAGCACCCGCUGGCGAGCCCCUCAAAUCCCAGGACAUCCCUGCUCACCCUCAAGCCCAAAGCCACGCUUCUAUUCAGGCCCAUUAUACUCCAAACGACGAGGCGGCAUAUCACCAACUUCCAUCUGCCCAUGAUACCGCUGCCACUACAUCGCCUACCUACUCAGCCCAACCUAGUAAUAUCCAACCCCCGAACCAGUCUCAUUCCUUUAAUAUUGCUUCUGGUGGGACAUCAGCUGUCAGCAAUCUACUUCCUCAUAUUGCCACCUUCCCGCAAACCCCAUCUACCGGUGCCGAAUCCCAGGGUCCCUUGCAAGAGCCUUCUGUAGCCACCCGGAAAGUCCGUGUCGACAAGCAGGGUCGACCUAUCAAGCUUUCUGAUGAUGAUGCGCCAUGGGGUCCAGAGGUCCAAAAGAAAUAUGACGAGUUCCUGCACGAUGAGCGGGUCUAUGUGACGGAAGGUCUUUGGGAUCGUUUCCCGAUCGGCUCUAGGUUGUUUGUUGGCAACCUCCCUACUGAAAGAGUCACCAAGCGAGACAUGUUCCAUAUCUUCCAUAAGUACGGAAAACUAGCUCAGAUAUCGAUCAAGCAGGCGUACGGCUUCAUACAGUUUCUGGAGGCGAAUUCCUGCCAUGCGGCUCUCGGCGUCGAACAGGGAGCCGUCAUCUUGAAAUUUCAAAACCUCAGCGAUCGACCCGGCCUACUCAGACACCCGAAACUUCCCGUGCACUUCCGCCACGUCGUUCCCGGUCACCAGAGUUCAGCCGUGCCGGUCCUGGGCGAACUAACGCCCGGGGCCCGGAUCGAUAUGACCGGUCUAAGCCCUAUGAACCAAGUCGGCUUCCAUUUAGCGAUUUCCGGGAUGAACCUUCUCACCGCAGCAGACGCGACGAUUAUCGCCCGCCGCGAUCGCCUUCUCCGCGACCAUUUCGGGGGUCUAGAGAAGGGUAUCGAUCACGCGACAGAACCCCAGAAAGAUUUGAUCGCCGCGAGCGAAGGCGCUCCCGUUCUCCUCGUUCUCCUCGCUCUCCUUAUUCCAGAGAUCGACGUUACCGUAGCAUCAGCCCAAGACCACGUGCGAGAUGUACCGGAGGUGCAGAUCCUCGUGCUAGAGGAACUUGACAGAAACUUCGUUCUUCAUGUAGAGAACGCUUUCCGCAACCGUGGAUUGCGGGUAGAUGUCCUCGUGCUUGGUCCACGGAUCCCUCUUGGCGCCGCCGUGCAUCGACAGUUUAUUGAAGGUGUUCUCGCCGUUGUUCGCCUUUCCCGUCCAAAUCAAGUCUCUCGGAAGAUUCCUCUACAGCUAUUUGAUCGAACCGCUGGAUUGGAUAACGUCCGCUUCCUUGAUUACCCUGAGCUCGAGCCCAAUAUGUCUGCUGAGCUCUUGAGCCACCAAUCCCAAGCGAUGCAGCGAGGAGCAGCCCCGGCCGCAUUUGCACCCUCUACUUUCAUCGUCCCUCCAGCACAGCCCAUGCCGGUUCCUCCGCCUGGCAUGCCUACGCUUUCAAAUCCACCUAACAUUGCGAACCUUAUUAGUUCACUAGAUGGUCCCAGCCUUUCAACUCUCCUCUCGGCACUCCAGCGACCUCCCCAUUCACAGCCCGUGUCUGCUACUCAGUCGCCAUUCUCUUCACCAAACCCACCUCCGGCCGACCUCGCCAGUCUCCUGACCAACGUGCAUCGGGCUCCACCUAUGCAAACCAACCCACAGCAACCCCUCCCCCAUGCACCCUUCAACCUCCAGCCUGUAAAUGCACCCGUCAUCACCGAUCCAACACUGCUUUCGCUCCUGGCCAAAGGUCUAGGUGGACAACAGCAGCAGGGCCAGGGGCCCGUCGGUCCCCAAGUACAGAACCUGAUGCAGCACCUGGCUAAAUGGAAGCAAUGA